GGAUAGCUGGCGGCGAAGCUGAUUGGCCGAGAGCGGCGCGAGACAACGGUGUGGGGUGGCGAGGGCUCCGAGGCCAUUGGCUGACCGGUAAAUCCAUGGGCUGGACUCUCACAAUGGACUGGACUGAAAGAGUCCGCAGGACUCACAUGUUUACCACCAGCACCGACUUCGCGGCGAGGAAAAAGAGGAAGAAAGCAAAGACGGUUCUUCAAGUUCAACCUCUUCCUCCCAUGGCCCGUCCCGGAUGGCUGUGAGCCUUGAGCCGAAAGACUAGGAUCUCGCGUCCCCGUUGUCGAGCGCUUUCCGGGCAAAAGCGAAGUUCGGAGCGGACCCGAGAUGCCGGGGGCCCAUCUCCUGGAGUACCCGGCCCGGGAUCCUCAUUUCGGCUCGCAGCUGUCGCACCCGGGCCCUGCGCUGUGGCUGCCGCUCGACUUUGCGCUGGGCGCGUUGGCUUGCUGCGGCGCCUGCGUGUUCACGAACCCGCUGGAAGUGGUGAAGACACGGUUGCAGCUGCAGGGUGAGCUGCGAGCGCGGGGAUCUUACACGCGGCAUUACCGCGGUGCCCUGCAGGCUCUGUGGCUGGUGGGUCGCGCCGACGGAUUGCGCGGUCUGCAGAAGGGGCUCACGGCUGGCCUGCUCUACCAGGGCAGCAUGAACGGCGUCCGCCUGGGAUUCUACUCCUACAUGGAGGCGGAGGGUCUCGCUGCAGUUCCUGGGGGCAGCCUGCUGGCAGGGGCCAUGGCCGGGGCACUGGGGGCCUUCAUUGCCUCACCUGCUUACCUGGUGAAGACUCACCUUCAGGCCCAGGCGGUGGAGGCUAUUGCUGUGGGUCACCAGCACAACCACCAGGGGGUGUCGAGUGCAUUUGUCAGCAUAUAUCGGCGCGAAGGUGUGAUUGGCCUGUGGAGGGGUGUGAAUGGGGCAGUCCCCAGGGUCAUGGUGGGCUCAGCAUCACAACUUGCAACCUUUAGCUCUGCCAAGAACUGGGUCUCACAAAUGCAGUGGUUUAAUCCUAACAGCUCCCUGGUGGCCUUGACAGCUGCGAUGAUUAGUGGAAUCGCUGUGACUAUUACCAUGACUCCAUUCGACGUCAUCAGCACCCGACUUUACAACCAGCCUGUGGAUGAAAUGCGUAAGGGGCGGCUCUACCAGGGUUUCUUCGAUUGCCUGUUGAAGGUGUGCCGUACUGAGGGGCCCAUGGGCCUUUACAAGGGUAUGGGUCCAGUGUUCCUGCGCCUUGCUCCCCACACUGUCCUCAGUAUGCUCUUCUGGGACCUCCUGAGGCAAAGGGCCUUACAGUACUGCCAGCCCGAGGUGAAGGAUUGACAACUUAGUCUGUAGUCCUUUCACACCUACCAGGAGGACUGACUUAGGGACGUGCGGACUCCUGCAUUCACUAAGUCAAGUCAGGUGAUGGGCGGUAUGAGGGCAGAUAGGACAGAAGGGAUCAAGUGAAUUAAUAUGACUGCUAGGGAGGGGCAGAAGGUAUAUUUGUGACCAGUAAAGAGCAAAGCUCAUGAUGUACACUUUAUAGAAGUCAGUUUUUUAAAAUUUUCCUAUAGAUUUUUGGUGCUUCUGGAUGUUCAUGACAGGCCAAAAAAAUCCUUGCACCUUCUUGCCUGAUACAUUUACAUUUAUUUAUUUAGCAGAUGUUUUUUCUCCAAAGCGACUUCAAAGAAC